UGAAGUUAGGGUUCGGGCGGCGUGCAGUAGGAGAGCAAAGACAUUGCUUGCCCUCUUUGCGUCCCGCCAUCGCCAUCUCUGCAGAAGCAGCCUUCGCCGAGGUCUUCCAUCAUGGUUCAGCGAUUGACCUACCGUCGUCGUCACUGCUACGCCUCCAAGUCCAAUCAGACCCGCGUGGUCAAAACCCCUGGUGGUAAGAAUGUCUUCCAGACAGCCAUAAAGAGGGCGAGGGGCCCGAAAUGUCCAGUUACCGGAAAGCGCAUUGCUGGGAUUCCUCACUUGAGGCCCACGGAGUAUAAGACAUCUCGCCUUCACAGGCACAGAAAAACUGUUAACCGGGCUUACGGAGGCAACAUGUCUGGUUCUGCAGUUCGUGAGCGCAUUAUCCGGGCUUUUCUGGUGGAGGAGCAGAAAAUUGUUAAGAAGGUUCUCAAGAUCCAGAAGUCCAAGGAGAAAGUGGCUGCCAAGACUCAAUCUUAGGCUGUAAUUGUGUUAUACAUUAAUGAGAAUUAUUCAAUUCCUUAGACUUCUGAGUUUGUGGAGUCCAAUUCUGCACACGAUUGUUGUCUUAAAUCUGAAUGUAGAUUCCCCUUCUGUGUAUUUUCUUGGAUGGUAGAUUUGCAGCAGCAUAAAUUUGUAAUAGUGGUGCAGCAUUCAUUAGUAUGCCUUAAAACUUUGAGA